UCUGAGUCAGGGAAAGCGAAGGAUUCAAUGCCUUGAGCUGCAGUUCUCAGGCGCAGCCGCUGGAGGGGGGUAGAGAGCAGGUUUCAGGAAACCCGGGGCUUUUGAACCGGAUGUGCGUCAGUACAGUAACCGGAAGCAGGGGAAAAUGGCGGCCCGCAGCGGGGAACUGCGGCUGCUCUGCCUUCACGGCUAUCGCCAGGACGCCGCCAUCUUCCGGGCUCGUACGGGGGCGCUGAGGAAAGCCCUCCGCGGGCAUGCGCAGCUCGAAUUCUUGGACGCGCCUCACUUGGUCCCCGCCGGCAGCCAAUCAGGGGAGCCAAGUUCGAGAGGCUGGUGGUUCUCCAACCCGUCCGACGGCACCUUCAAUGCGCUGGAGGAGUCCGAGUCCUGCUCCGGCCUGGACGAAUCCCUGGAAGCCGUAGCGUCGGCCUUUGCGGAGCGGGGCCCCUUCUCAGGGCUGAUGGGCUUCAGCCAAGGGGCGGCCCUGGUGGGCAUCCUCUGCGCCCUCCAGCAGCGGGGAGACCCCCGCUUCCCCUUCCGCUUCGCCCUCCUCGUGGCCGGCUUCCAGAGCAAAGCCGGACCCCACCGUGCCUACUACAACGCCCCCAUCGCAGUACCCAGCAUCCACGUCGUCGGGGAAAGCGACCGGGUCAUCCCGGCCCACAUGAGCAUGGAGCUGGCUGACCACUUCGAGGGGGCCCGGACCCUCCUCCACCCCGGGGGACACUUCGUCCCAGCCGCUGCUCCGCAGAAGAAGGAAUACAUUGCCUUCCUCGCCCAGUUCAGCAAGGCGGAAGGGGAGGAUGGGACCACCACUUGAUGGGAAGGAAUUACACCCAGGAUGAUGCGUUUGUUCACAUUGACAGACAUGUCACCAAAUAAAUGGCAUAAACAUAA